CUUUUGAGACAACCCAUGAAAAAUCUUCUCUAGAAAUUGGAAUUCAACAAUAUUUAACAUUUUCAUUGUGGAACUUUGUUGAGGGGUCAAAGUCACUAGAAGACCAUUAUCCGAUGGAUAUUGCAUAUGAAAAUAUUGUCUUCCACUCUUUGGAUGUCCAACAAAAAGUGGAGUUCACAACAAAGCAUGGAUCCUACGCAUAUAAAGGCAAUAUUUUGGACUACAUGUCUGGAGUUGAUCUCUCUUGCAACCACUUAACAGGAGAAAUCCCAUUGGAAAUGGGAAACUUGAGCAACAUCCAUAUUCUAAACUUGUCUCAUAACAAUUUAUACGGAUCAAUCCCGUCAACAUUCUCACAACUAAAGCAGAUAGAAAGUUUGGAUCUCUCUUACAAUAGAUUGAAUGGAAAGAUCCCUUCUCAACUGAUUGAAUUGAACAUGUUGGAAGUCUUUAGUGUGGCAUACAACAACUUAUCAGGUGCAACCCCAGAUCGAAAAGCUCAGUUCGCAACUUUUGAAAAAAGUAGCUAUGAGGGAAAUCCCCAUCUUUGCGGACUUCCCUUGCAAACCAACUGCACUAAAAUUGUAUCAACAUCAACAAUGUCAAAAGGCCUAGAAAGAAAUAUUGAAGAUGGUAGUUUCAUAGAUAUGGAGGUUUUCUAUGUCAGCUUUCUAGUCUCAUAUAUUGUUAUGUUGUUGGGGAUUGUUGCAAUUUUGUUCAUAAAUCCUCAUUGGCGACAAGCUUGGUUUCACCUCGUUGAAGUGUGCAUGACCUCUUGGUACUACUUCUUUUUGGACAAUUUUAUUAAGUGUUUUUGCAAUAGAAGUGUGUAA